GUUAAUCUCCGAGUAAUGAACCGUUUCUCCGCUUUUCGGCACAGUUUGUUGAAGCCCCAAAGGCUUUAGAACGCCACCGUUUCACAUUACUAGUGACGUAUGCUCUUCAUUAGUAUUAUCGUAACUUCACUGAAAGGGUAGAAAACUGCUGAAAGGUAAAACGUUUUACAAAUAUGGAAUUGAAUGCCAUGGCACAGUAUGAUAUAUGGUCAAUGUUAUCAUCUCUCUCACGCACCCACACAGAGAGACAACUUUGCCCUAUGCGUCUGUAUCUGAUUCAUCGUCAUAGGUCACUCACGGCAAAGUCCAUCCAAAAGAAAUUGGUGAGUCAGACACGCAGAAAUCGAGAGGCCACAGCACUGACACAACAACAGGAGGAAAAACAUAAAAAGAGAGAGGAAGAUAAAAAGUGGGAUAUGGAGACGACCUCAUCACUAAUAAAGUCUGUGACCAGGCGGGUGUGGUCGUCGGCCCCUGCCCAUCAGAGACCAUUCAGGGUGUGUUCACAUGACAGGGGCACCAGGAAGGGCAUCACAGCAGGAACCCUGGAGGAGCUGAGAGAGAGGGUGUGCCAGGCCAAGAUGCUGUGUUUGUCCAGUCUGGCUGUGGUGCUGGUGUGUGAGGAGGAUGGGACAGUGGUGGACUCUGAAGACUUACUGAUGUCUUUGCCAGACAACACAGUCCUCAUGGCCCUGGAACCUGGACAGACAUGGAAAACUCCUCCGGGUACAACGCUCUCUAAAGCCCAAGACCCCAACCAGCCGCGGACAGGAAAAGAUAUAGCCCGCGUGACCUUUGACCUGUACCGGCAGAACCCCAAGGAUGUGUUUGGCUCCCUGAAUGUGAAGGGUACCUUCUCAGGCCGGUACUCCAUCAGCGCCGACUUCAAAUAUCUGGGGCCCAAGAAAGUCCUCAGAGAGGCCCUCCGCGUGGCCUCCACUCUCCUCCAGGCAGCAGGUCACAUGUUGAUCACCUCAGCUAAUCUGAUCAAGCGGCUCAUCGAGGGAGCAGAGUUCUGGCAGCCCCAGAGGGCGGAGGUUGCAGAGUACUGAAACUGAGACAGUUGAGGCUGUAAUUAAGGCUUUUGAGGCUAUAAUUGAGUAUGUACAGGUCCAAUCUUAACAUGAGCUCAAGUUAGGACAUGGCCCUAUAAAGUAUUGCUCUAGGAUCAAUGAAGAAGAGAAGAGAUCCGAUGUUUAUUAAAGCUGAACACAACAACCGCACUUGUAGUAAUACCAAUUGCUGCAGCGCAACGUUCCUAUUUGUCUGUUGAAUUUUAAAUACUGUACCAUGUGUAUGAUAGUGUGAUGCAAGGUUGUGAUGAAGCUAUGUGUAGAAAGACAAUUACUCAAAUGGGUGUGUUGUAAAAUAGGAUGUAUCUAUUUCUAUAAUUCUUGGGAAUUUCCCAUGAAAGUAAGGAAUUGAAUUUAAAAAAAAGAGUAGGCAUACAUUUUUUUACUUUCUUUGUAGAUUCUAAUCACUCUCAUCUUGUGUUCAAUAAAUGCUUUCAGUUGUUGCAUUCAGACGGUCACCUGUCAACAAGGUAGAGGUUCAUGAUCCAAAAUAUAAAAGAUACCCAAUUGCAGAA